GCCGACACAACAACCACUCUUUUUCUCUGUCAUGUUUGGGCUGCCCUUCAAAAAAUAUUGACUAGGAGUACCACACAAAACAGCUCAGCCACAGGCAAGCCAUUACCAGACCGUCGCGGUGCCUUCGUGUGUUGUCACAGCAACAGUGGGUGACCCGGGGAUUUGUUCACACGGUGGGAUUACCGAAGAGACAUCUGAAUUAGUUUAGAACAAAACAUGGAUUCCUUUUUUCGGAGUGAAGAGAUGUGCCUUGUGCAGCUGUUCUUCCAGACUGAGUCGGCUCAUAACUGUAUCGACGAGCUGGGGCAUCUUGGACUGGUGCAGUUUAAAGAUCUACAUCCUGGAACAGCGGACUUUCAGCGCAGAUUUGUGAAGGAAGUAAAGAAAUGUGAGGAGAUGGAGAGAAUUCUUCGGUUCCUGAAAAAGGAGGUUAUCACAUCAAACAUCCUCAUCCCAGCUGACUUUACUACUGAGCGAAUAUCUCUUCCACGAGAUGUUCUGGAUUUAGAGUCUAGCUUUGACAAACUGGAGCAGGAGCUCAAGGAGAUUAACUCAAACCGAGACACCCUUAGGCAGAACUUCACUCAACUAACAGAGAUCAACCAUCUAUUGCAUAUGACCGAUGACUUUUUUGUGGAGGUGGAGUCCCAGAUGACCAUCUCUGAGCUUCCUUCUGAAGAUUCUGUGUAUUCAUCCAGACGUGCCAGCUAUGCUAGCACCAAUGGAUCCCUGAAACUUGGUUUUGUGGCAGGAGUCAUCAAACAUGAACGUUUCCCUGCAUUUGAGAAGAUACUGUGGCGUCUGUUUCAUGGAAACUUUGUUCUCCGCCAUGCUGAAAUCAAACCCCAUCAAGAGGAGAAUAUGGAGGAGGUCUUUGUGAAGAAGGAUGUGUUUGUAGUUUUUGUCCAAGGUGAUCAGGUCAGAGGAAAAAUCCGGAAGUUAUGUGACGGGUUCCACGCCAGCAUGUACCCAUGUCCCAACAAUGCAGCUGCACGAAAGGAGAUGAGAACCAACGUAAACAUGCGCAUGGAAGACCUUCGUUUGGUCCUUAAGAGGACCGAAGAGUUUCGUGUGACCACGCUGACCGCGGCAGCAGCUAACCUCAGAGAGUGGACAGCAAAAGUGAAGAAGAUGAAGGCCAUCUAUUACACACUGAACCUGUGUAACAUAGACAUCACACAGAAGCUGAUAAUAGCUGAGAUCUGGUGUCCUGUUUCUGACUUAAGCUCUGUGCACGCUGCACUAAUAAAGGGAUCUGAACAGACUGGAUCCAGUGUAACCCCCAUUAUGAACCGAAUCCACACCCAGCAGACACCCCCAACAUUCAACAGAACCAAUGUCUUCACUUCAGGCUUCCAGAACAUUAUUGAUGCCUAUGGUGUUGGCGACUAUCAGGAAAUCAACCCAGCGCCAUACACCAUGGUAACCUUCCCCUUCCUGUUUGCGGUCAUGUUUGGAGACUGUGGUCAUGGUCUUCUCAUGACUCUCCUUGCUGUAUGGCUGAUCCUACACGAAGAACACUUCAGAAAGUUGAAGAAUGAGUUGGUUGACAUGCUGGUGUCUGGACGUUACAUCAUCCUACUGAUGGGCAUCUACUCCAUUUACACUGGCCUCAUCUACAAUGACUGCUUCUCCAAGUCCUUCAACCUCUUUGGAUCCUCGUGGAGCGUUCGGCACAUGUUCCAUCCACAAGGACCCUGGACCAAUGAGACGUUGCACAAUUCUGAUUAUCUUCAACUGGAUCCUCUUGUGUCUGGAGUAUACUCUGGCAAUCCCUACCCAUUUGGUAUAGACCCGAUGUGGAACAUUGCACUGAAUAAGCUGUUGUUCCUGAACUCCUACAAGAUGAAGAUGUCUGUUAUAAUAGGAGUGGUCCACAUGCUCUUUGGAGUCAUGCUGAGUUUGGGGAACUACAUAUUCUUCAGAAACUUCAAGGAUGUUGUGUUGAAGUUCAUUCCAGAAUUGGUCUUCAUGCUGUCUCUGUUUGGAUAUCUGACCUUCCUCAUUCUCUACAAGUGGUGUGUGGUUAUCAAGUCUGACUCAGCACCUAGCAUUCUUCUCCUCUUCAUCAACAUGAUGUUUUUUGACUACAGCUCCAACGGUGCAAUGCUUUACAAAACACAGAAACCUGUACAGAUAUUUCUGGUGGUUGUUGCUGGUGUUAUGGUACCUUGGCUUCUGUUUGCCAAACCACUGCUCAUGUACAGAGAACACAAGCAAUCAAAACUGAAGCCUUCACCGAACAAGCUUCCUAUGCAAGAUUUUGGAAACUUCAUCCAGGAACCUUUAGAAAAGAGUAAAGAAAAGAUCAGUAUGGGUGACAUCUUUGUGUACCAAGGGAUCCAUACCAUCGAGUAUUGUCUGGGCUGCAUCUCCAACACGGCCUCCUACCUACGACUGUGGGCUCUCAGUCUGGCCCAUGCUGAGCUGUCUGAGGUGCUGUGGAAGAUGGUUUUGCAGGUAGCUUUAAGGGUCACCUCUGGGAUGGGCUCUGUUCUGCUGGCAGUGACCUUUGCCACCUUUGCUGUUCUCACGGUCACCAUCCUACUGGUCAUGGAAGGCCUCUCCGCCUUCCUCCAUGCCCUGAGGCUGCACUGGGUUGAAUUCCAAAACAAGUUCUACCAAGGAUCUGGAUACAAGUUUUCGCCACUUUCCUUUGACAAAAUGCUCAAUAUGAAGUGAUUUCAGAGAAAGAAACAUGCUUUUGUGUUGCAUAAAGAAGUUUGUGUAAACGCUGUAUUUAGAAGGCUUCCCUGUCUAUUGAAUAGAAAUAAGUGCACAGUUUUGCACUUGCCACACGGUGGCAGCAUAGCAUAGUCAGUAUUAGGUAUGUCCCAACAAUAUUUAUUUUCUUCCGAAGCAGUCACUUCCAAAAAUUACUGGUCUCUUAGACAAAUAUUUGAGUGAACAUUUCCACCAUGUUUCUCUAGUAGCAGUAAUUUCCUUACAAAUCAAUCAAGAGAAAAAAAUGCACAUUAAGAGAUGGUUAUUGGGACAUUCCCAUGACCCCAAGCAGACAUUACAUUCAACAGACUUCACUUCAUGACUUUAUUAACCUACACUAGAAGGCUGCUAACUACAUCCUUUUUCAAAAAUAAUGCCUUUUAAGGAGCUGUUUCAAUCAAUAAAAUGUAGUUAAAACACCCUUUUACACCUAUUAUUAAUCACAAUAGUAAAAAAAAAUCAAUA